CCGUCCUGCUCACUUGGCCGCUCGGCAUUAAUCCCGGUGGAGACGCCGGCCGCUCCCGGGGUUAUAAUAGUCAACAGCCUCCGCCCACCACCCCUCUCCGCUAAGCUCACCACAACUCCGCCCCCCACCGCGCCCGACCUCACCCCACCCAAUCCCCACCUCCCACCUCCCACCUCUGCUCCGCGGCGUUCUAUGGCAUACACCUCCCUCCACCUCCCCAAGCACCUGCUCCUCCCCAGCCCCCGCCGGACCAGGCACAGGCCCUCCUCCUCCGUCUCCUUCGUCGCCGCCGCCGCGGCCAGGGCCAACGGCGUCAACGGCCAGGCACCCGAGAAGCCGCCGCCGCCGCCCAACGGCAAGGCGCGAAUCAACGGCGUGAACGGCAAGAAGGGGGUGAACGGCCACGUCAACGGCGUCAACGGCAAGAAGGGCGUCAACGGGCACGUCAACGGCCAUGCGGACCGGAUCCACCUCUCGGUGAGCACGGGCGGCGGCGGCGGCGCGGGGGGCCAGGACGGCUCCGGGCUCCGCGUGGCGUUCCAGGGCGCGCCCGGCGCGUACAGCGAGUUCGCGGCCAAGACGGCGCUGCCCGGGUGCGACACGCUCCCGUGCCGGGCCUUCGCGGACGCGCUGGCGGCCGUGGAGCGGGGCGCCGCCGACCGCGCCAUCCUCCCCGUGGAGUCCACCAUGGAGGGCACCGCGCUGCGGAACUACGACCUGCUGCUGCGCCACGGCCUGGUGGUGGCGCAGGAGAUCAACCUCUUCGUGCACUACUGCCUCCUCGCCAUGCCGGGGGUGCGCGCCGCCGAGGUGCGCCGCGUCAUCAGCCACCCGAUGGCGCUCGCGCACUGCGGCCGCGCGCUGGCGCGCCUCGGGGUGGACCGCGAGCCCGUCGAGGACACCGCGGGCGCCGUGGAGAUGCUGCGCUCCAACCGGAUGCUCGACACCGCCGCCAUCGCCAGCCCGCGCGCCGCCGACCUGUACGGCCUCGACGUGCUCGCGCACGGCCUCCAGGACGAGUCCUGGAACGUCACGCGCUUCCUGCUCCUCUCCAGGCCGCCGUCGCCCGUCGCGCUGCCCGUGGACGCCGACGCCAAGACCAGCAUGGUGGUCGCGCACCGGGGCGGCUCCAUGAUGGUCCUGCUCAAGGUGCUCUCCGCCUUCUCCUCCCGCAACAUCAACCUCACCAAGCUGGAGGUCAUCAACAACGAUGGCGCCGGCGCCGGCGCCGGCGCGCGCCCGCCGGUGAUGAUCCUGGACACGAGCGCCCGGGGCGCGCCGACGCUGCGCGCGUUCCCGCACGUCCUGUACGUGGACUGCGCGGGCGCCGCGCACGACCCGCGCGUCCGCGAGGCCAUCCAGGAGAUCGAGAAGUUCGCCGUGUUCGUGCGCGUGCUCGGCUGCUACGCCGCCGACUCCACCGUCUACGACCUGCAAUGAGGAGGGGGAGGAGGGCAGGAUCGCCAUGGCGCGAAUCGGGACUGCUGGAAUCUAUAGCCAGUGACUAGCCGCAAUUUCGCUGUUAAAAUUGGGCGAAGCUAUCGGAUUUACUAGCGUUUAGCUUCAGCGAGACUAGUUCUUUUGCUUGCUUGCUGCUGCUGCGUAAUUUUUGUACAGAUGCAAUAAGAAUCUUCCUGUUGCUGCUCGAUUGUAUUAGCUGUGUUAGUGUUUGUGCAUAGGUUCAGGCUUGGUGAUGAUGAUGAUGCCAGCUGAAGGGUGUUUGUACUAAGAUGUCCUGUUGGUCAUGACCCGAUCGUUUGUGCUCAAUCUUGUUGUCCUAGAAUUUCGGCGCAAGCUUUCAGUUU